AUGGCUUCUGUAACAUCUGCAAGCGAAUUAAAUUCAAUUUUAGACGACAAUGAUAAUAAUGAUAAAGAACACAGUGAUAAUAAUGAUGAUAUACCAACCGGAUCUAAGGGUAAAGACACAGAUGGUACAGAUGGCGGCCAAGCAGCAGGCGGUGAAUCUGGUGAUAUGGAUAUUUGGAUGAAGUCGCGUCAAAUGAUAAGACCAGAAAAUCAAUUAGACUUAACAGAUGCAGAAUUAUCUGAAGAGAUAACCAAAGUUCUAACAACAACAAAUCUUAAUAUACCCACUAAUGUGGUAGUAUAUGAUUUUAAAGAGAGAACUUUUUUACCAAUGCCAACUCCCAGUAAUAUUGUAACACUAAUAAAUUUUGAUGGUACUGCUUUGCAUACUGAAUCAGAAGAAGCACGUUUACAAAUAGAAGAAUCUGGUGAAAUGGGAUGCCCGCUACCAGAACCUAAGCAUGGAGAUAAUGACGAAUCAAGUGAUGAUAAACUCGAUAAACGACGAAAAACCCUAAAUGGUGACGGAGAGGCAGAAGAUGGUGAAGCAGCAGAUAAAGAGGACGGAGAGGAUGAAGAAGGUGAUGGUGAAAAAGAAGCAGAAGAUGGUGGUGAAGGCGAAGCAGAAGAUGGUGCCGAAGGGGAAGAAGGUCAGGAACAAGCACCAGAAGAAACGGAACCAGCAGAAGUACAAGCUGCACAAUUACAAGAAAGCAAAAAAAAAUUAAUAAAUCAAUUUAAUUACUGCGAGAGAGGAGCUUUGACGCAUAAUAAUUCAACGAGAACGAUCGAAACUGAAACAAUUCCACCACCAAGAUCACAAUUUGGGGCAACUGUACAGCAGUGGGUUAUUUAUGAUUCUUACCUAGAAGACUAUGCACAAAACAAAGAAUUAAGAGAAGAAAAAAAGUCAACAGCACCGAAGGAUCCUAGUAAAAGCCAGAAACACCAGUAUAGUGAAGCUGAGGAACUGAAUCAGAAAUAUCUAAAAAGUUGGCAAAUUUUGGAACGAAUGAUUAAUCAAAACUUAUAUGCAGAUGUUGCGGCAGAUUAUCGCUUCUACGAGGAUCCAGCUGAUGAAUUUCGCGAGGAGGGCACAUUAUUGCCACUUUGGAAGUUUGUUUAUGAACGUACAAAAAAACUGAGUGUAACCGAAGUUAUGUUUAGUCCGAAAUACUAUGAUUUAUUUGCCGUUUGUUAUGGAUCAUAUGAUUUUAUGAAACAACCGAAUGAAGGUGCACUUUGCUUGUUUACAGUUAAGAAUCCAUCCUAUCCUGAUUAUAUAAUUAUGACCGAGGGUGGGGUAAUGUGCUGCGAUAUACAUCCGCAAUAUCCAUUCUUAUUAGUUGUUGGAUUAUAUGAUGGAAACGUCGGUGUAUAUAAUAUAAAAAAUACUAAUUAUAAAGAACCAUUGUAUAAGUCUAAAGGAGUCAAUAAUAAACAUAAUGGCGUUGUAUGGCAGGUCAAGUGGGGUCCAGAUAUGACCGAUGGUGAGAUAAAUUUUUACUCACUAUCCUCAGAUGGCCGCGUUUUCAAUUGGAUACUUAUGCAUAAUAAAUUAGCUUUAACUACAAUUAUAACACUAAAUUUGGAAAAUGGAAAUAUGGAAGGACCUGAUGGCACUGCUGUACGUUUAUUAAGUUGUGGUGCAUGUUUGUUAUUUCAUCCAAAUGACCCUGAAAUAUUUUUGGUUGGCUCAGAAGAGGGUCAAAUCUACAAAUGUAGUAUUGCUUAUAAUUCGAAAUAUUUGAUGAGCUAUACCGCACAUAAUUUACCAGUUUAUCGAAUCGAUUUUAAUCGUUUUAAUUGCAAUAUAUUUGUAUCGUGCAGUGCAGAUUGGCGUAUAAAAAUUUGGGAAGACAAACAUCCAGAUCCUUUAUUUGUUUUCGAUUUGGGUGGUGCCAUUGGUGAUGUUAAGUGGGCUCCUUAUUCAAGUACAGUUUUUGCAGCAGUUACAGCUGAUGGAAAGGUUUUCGUUUUCGACUUGAAUGUGAAUAAAUAUAAGGCGAUUUGUGAACAACUAGUAGUUCCGAGACGAAAGAAUAAGCUAACACGUUUAGCUUUCAAUGAAAAAUUACCGUUUAUUAUUGUUGGAGAUGAUAAGGGUACUGUGACAUCAUUGAAACUCUCACCAAACUUACGUUUAAUGGUUAAACCUCCAAAAAAGCAGAUGAACUUAAGUCAAAAUAUUUUACAGAUUCAAAAACUGGAAAAAAUUUUAUCAUUGGUCCGUGAACUUCCUGAGGGUGAAAUAAUAAAAGACACAACUACUACAGUUCAAAGUUGA